AUGCAUUUUGCCCAUAAGGUUUCCUCAUGGAGUCUGUGCCUUGCGACGUGCGCUACAGCAACUUUGGCCUCCAUCGCUGUUCCCGCCUCCUCAGCUUCGGUCAAACCUCAGACAGUUGUCGGGCCUCAAAUUUCAUCGACACCGUCCCCUGCAGUCAACUCACAAGGUGCUCUUCCCGCACCAAUCCCAGCCGCGAAUCUUCCCUGUGUCGCUCAGAAUCUAACGGCAGAUACUUGGAAUCGUCUAAAAAUUGACAAGUAUCUGGCGGAGUAUCCCGGCGGUCAUACCCUCUCACUAGAACAAUACGCAGAUUCAACAGGCGCCCAAAAUUUCCGAUGCGGGAUUGAGGAAUACUGCACCAGUGGUCAAAUAUGCAAUCCUGUUGCUGCCCCAGACUGGUAUGUACUGGUAGCCGCCCAGGAGUGGAACAAUUGCAUGAACUCUGUCUUCAAGGCUGUUCAUUUCUCAGUUACCACCGUCCAAGGCAUGAUAACCCUGAUGGUCACAGGCUUAGCCGAGCAGAAUAUUCAAGCCCAUGAGAUUGCUUUUGGCAUAGGCGCUAUGACAGCUUUACUAACUUCUGCAGCUGCAAUCGUGGGCAUUGGAGCGGCAGCACUAUUCCUGGCCGGCUUUAUUGGCGCGUUGGCCCCGAUCGCCGCGGCUGCCGGAUACACCGUAGUAGUGGCAGCUCCAACCGCACUUACAGGUUUUGCAGCAAGCUCACUCUUGGCCAACAAACCGUCAGACAAGAAGAGUUUCAUCAAGUGGGCAUCUGUCGGCAAUCUGUUUUCGCAAUGGGAAAUCCACAUGCAAUCUAUGAUCACCAAUACCACUCAAACCGUCAUCAGCUCCCCUAUCAGCUCGAACACUGGAAUCAGUAGUGUACUGCGAAACGGGGCCUUCUUGUUUGAGAGCCAAACGAAGUCGACCUCCGACCUACAAACCGAUUAUGAAACGGUUUUACAAGCCAGGUCCCUCAACUUGGUUCUACGAGCCAUGGGAGCUUUUGUAACCAGAGGCAGUGACGUGUGCAAUGGCAAAGGAACCAACGGAGCCUGGGGAGGAAAAGGCAACUUAUCGUACUGCGGACCGGACAAAGUAAUGAUGAACAUUGUGCUUGCACGAGGUGACAGAACUCAGAACAAGAUCCAAAACGCUAGAUUUAUCGCUACUAAAUUCGGAUUCACAACCGAGUACAUCGUAACUCAAUCGUGGAAUUGCCAGCAGAAGUACAAGCAAUUCGAAUUCGAUCCCUACCAUAACGCUCCUUUGCCCUCAGACGCCAAUGCGGACUGCGUCAUGAACCUCCCGGUUUGCGACUUGACAGACGAGAGAAUAAACCAAGCGCGACAUGGCAACCAUCACCACACAACCAAGGCAUGCAGAAGCCAGGGUGGUCUGCCUAUCUGAGGAAUUACUGACAAUGCCAAAUUUUCCUGUUGGGAUGUUCAUUUUGUGAUUUGGUUUGAGAGAUAACCCGAACCCGCAUGCUAAUAUAUUCCCUCAGCUUCUGUUGUUUUUAUUUUCCUGAUUCCUGUUGCUCCUGGUGUGAUAAUACGAAGUUGAAUCAUUACUUAUUCGCAAUUCUCAGGUGAAAGUGGUAAGAAAAAAACA